AUGCGAAGGCCCGAUAGAAGAUUUGACACAGUUCUCAUGCCUUAUAGCCAUAUUCUACCAUAUUUAUUGAGGGGAUCACUUGUACAACUAAGGGAGUUAGGACCCCCACCAGCGAUUCUUCCUCCCGGUUAUGAUGCAAAUGCCUGCUAUGAAUUUCAUUCUGGCGCUCCUGGGCAUUCGAUUAAGAAUUGUAAAGCAUUAAAGUAUAAGGUUCAAGAUCUUAUUGAUUAUAAGGCAAUCACGUUCGCCUCCAAGGGGCCAAAUGUAAACAAUAACUCGAUGCCCCCUCACAACAAUGCAUCCGUGAAUAUGAUGGAAGCUGAGAAUGGAAGGAGAUUGAUGUCCUGUGUGGAUGAGUUAAAAACACCACUCAUCGAGAUCAAGAAUGCUUUAAUGAGGGAUAAUGCAUUUUCCAUUUGUAGUAAUGACUACUACCCGUCCACAAAAGAAGAUGUGUCUACCCUCGAGAUACCAUACGACGAAGUCCCCCCUCUACAAAUUCCAUAUGACUUCUCUCAGUUAACUCUGUUAAUAAAUCAUGUUACUCCGAUCAUAAUAACGGUUCCCACACCAUUCCCGUAUGUUGAGACCAAGGCAGUCCAAUGGGUGUAUGACACCUCAGUCUACAUUCAUGGCCAAAAAAUUCAAGAAGAACCGUGGAAGUCUAGUGAUCCAAUGAUCAAUAUCACUGACACUGGUGGAAUUACAAGAAGUGGAAGGAUAUUUGCACCGACACUCACUCCAAUUGGAACUAUCAAUCCUUCAACUUCAGACAAAGGCAAACAAAUUGAUGGCGCUAAUCAAAGACAAGACCCUGCACCUUCUAAUGAAGUAGACGAGUUCUUAUGCAUCAUCAAGAAGAGCGAUUAUCGAGUAGUUGAUCAGCUUAACCAGACAUCCUCGAAGAUCUCAAUGUUGUCUUUAUUAAUGUGCUCGGAGGCCCAUAGGGAUGCUUUGUUUGAAGGAGUAGUUAACAAUAUUGCUACUAGCUUAAGCUUGGGUUUUAGUGAUGAAGAGCUUCUUGCCGAGGGGAGGAAUCAUAACAAGGCUCUCCAUAUUUCUAUUGAGUGUAUGGACACAGUCCUAUCAAGAGUUUUGGUAGACAUUGGGUUUUUCCUCAAUGUGAUGCCUAAGAGCUCCUUUGCUAAACUAACUGUUGAAGGACUCGUAAUGAAGUCGAGUGAGCUUAUAGUAAGAACAUUUGAUGGGACUAGAAGGAAUGUAAUCGGUGAGGUGAAUUUGCCUAUGAAGAUUGGUCCUCAUACUUUCCUUAUCACUUUCUUUGUAAUGGACAUCUAUCCAGCCUACAGUUGUCUGCUUGGGAGGCCUUGGAUCCAUUCAGCUGGUGUAGUCACUUCAAUGCUCCACCAAAAAUUGAAAUUCUUAGCUGAUGAUAAACUAGUUGUUGUCGAGGGUGAGGAGGAUAUUGUGGUAAGUCACCUCGCAUCUUUCCGAUACAUUGAAGGAUAA